AAAUCAGUAUCAUAGAAAAGUAUAAUAGCUAUGCAAAACGUUAUACAAUUACAUUAUCGUUAAUUGCCACGUUUGCCGCAUCCGCAAUAAUUUUAUACAUUCUUUGGCCACACAUUUCCAAUAUCUUAUUCUUCACAAACGGAACUCAAUCAUUACAUUCAUUGCCGUUUAUGACCGAAUAUUUUAUCGAUAAAGAAAAAUACUUCUAUUUGAUAUUGUUCCACGCAAACGCAGCUGUAAUGAUAGGAGGUACCGCAUUAAUAGCGACAGGAAGUAUAUUAAUAGUUUAUCAAAAGCAUACAUGCGGAAUGUUUCGAAUCACCUGUUAUCGUAUCAAACAAGCAAUGGCAUUCGAAACUUUAGGAAAAAAUAACUGGAAGAAUGAGAAUUUCAUCUACAAUGGAUUAAUUUGUGCCGUGGAUAUGCAUCGCAAAGCUAUGAAAUUCUCUGACUCGAUAGUAUCUAGAUUUAGAGUAAUGCUCUCCGUUUUAAUAAUAUUCACGGUGCUUAGUACAAGUCUCAAUUUUUUUCGGAUUUUUCAGAUAUUGUCGUUUAGAUUCGAUACAGUGGAACUUUCAUUACGUGUGGCAUUCAGCAUCGUCAAUUUCAUUUACAUAUUCGUAGGCAACUAUCUUGCGCAAGAAAUUAUGGAUCACAAUAAUAAUGUAUUUGCAACUAUAUACAAUGCCCAGUGGUACGUAGCUCCGUUGCAAAUACAAAAAAUGAUCCUGUUCCUCUUGCAAAGAGGUACCAAGGCGUUCACUAUGAAUAUCAAUGGACUAUUUGUGGGAUCGUUAGAAGGUGCUGCUACGUUACUGAGCACGGCAGUGUCGUAUUUCACCGUUCUGCAUUCUACGCGAAAUUGAUGCAAAAUAAAUCAACUAAUAUAGUGCAGUAGAGUAAUAAUAGUGAGGAAACUAAUUUAGAAUACAUUAAGCACAAAUGAUAUAGUAUAUAUAAUCUAGAAAGCGGUCUUAAUUGAUAAUCUCGAUGAAAUUGUAAGAACUUCUUUUUAAUUCUAAGAAGGUAUAGAAAACUGUGUAAAGAGUAGUAGUGUUUACAGUAUGUUACCAAUAAUAAAUUAAUA